GUAAAAGUUCUACCUAUAUACCUACCUUGUUUUAUAAAAAUCAACAAAUGUUUUGGCCAGAGUGGACUGAUAAUAAUUAUUUGGGUUUAAACCUAAGGGAUCUUAAAGUUGAUGAAUCUUACCUUAAUGUUAGUAAUCAAAUCAGUCAGAGGUUUUGCCUCUAUUCAUUAUCGGAAGAUUGUGUCAAUUGCCCAUUGAGGAAAUUAAAACAAAUCAUCCCAAAUGAAGAUACAAUAGUGACACUAGAAGUUGCAAGAAACCUCGAAUUAAGGUUAGUUAAAGAUGUUUGCCAAAACUAUCUUUAUCAAAAUCAGUCAACGGAGGGAUUAAGCUGGAGUGCAAAACCGGAAUUAGGAGAAUUUGGAGUGUACACUCUGAGCAUCAAUAACAUGAUAAAAUUUGAAGUUGAUCUGGAGCCAGUUAAUGUUUAUUUGUCAUUGUUAUAUGUUGGUCUUCUUGUAUCCAUUUUCUACUGGAUCUGCAAAGCUGGCAAUAAAUUCUAUAAAUCUCAAUUUGAAACACCUCAACCGACACAACCUGACAACGAAACAGUAGCAUUGACCACUCAAAGACGACUUAAAAGCUUAGACAUCUUCAGAGGAAUCGCAAUCGUAUUAAUGAUAUUUGUAAAUUCUGGUGGAGGACAAUACUGGUGGAUAGAACACGCUGUUUGGAAUGGACUCCAUUUGGCUGACCUAGUUUUUCCAUGGUUUCUCUUCAUAAUGGGAGUUUGCAUUCCGUUGAGCAUCAGAUCACAAAUAAAUAAGGAAAUAUCGAAGACGAAUAUCGUGAAAAAAGUUAUUAAGCGUUCUUUAACUCUCUUUGUUCUUGGACUAUUUUUGAAUACAACUUCAGGAGCUACAUUUGAAACUAUACGAAUAUUUGGAGUGUUGCAACGUUUUGCUGUCGCUUAUCUUGCCACAAGUUUAAUACAUUUAGCUUUUGUCACUGACACAAUAACAUCUGAAACUAGGUUUCAACAAGUCUUCCACGAUAUCAGAUUGAUUUGGAGGCAAUGGAUUGUAAUCAUUUUGCUUAUUCUAUUACAUCUUGCUGUCAUAUUUAGCUUCAAAGCACCGAAUUGUUCAAGGGGAUACUUUGGACCUGGAGGAAUGCACGAUUAUAAUCAACAUCAGAAUUGCACAGGCGGUGUAAUUGGCUACAUAGAUAGAAUGAUUUUGGGAGAAAAUCAUAUGUACCAACAUGCAAAGAUUCGAUCUGUGUAUGGUGCAUUAGUUUUUGAUCCAGAAGGAGUUUUUGGAUGUCUGCUUACAAUCGUUCAAGUGUUUUUUGGCCUUCAAUGUGGAGUGACAUUGUUAGUCUAUCCCACACCUAAAGACAAAUUGAACCGAUGGAUUUUGUGGAGUAUAAUGUUAGCUUCAAUUACUGCAAUUCUUACCUUUUUUUCUGUUGAAGAUGGAAUAAUUCCUAUUAACAAGAAUCUUUGGUCUCUUUCAUUUGUCACAAUAACAACUUCCCUAGCGUUUCUCCUUUUCAGUGCUAUCUAUUAUUUAGUAGAUGUAAAGAAUAUUGGCGAUGAUUUUUGGAAAAUUUUUCUUUAUCCUGGUAUGAAUGCCAUUGUCUUAUACGUCGGACAUUCAAUUUUCCAUAAAAUGUGGCCAUUCCAUUUCUCUUUUGCAGUAAUGAAUACACACUUUUUAUUUUUAUUGGAAAAUAUUUACACUGUCAUUAUUUGGAUUUUUAUCGCUCGUAAACUUUAUCAUAAGAAAGUUUUCUUAAACAUUUAAACAUUUUUAUUUACAAUUGACAAUUUUACAACCUUUACAAUUUUUUUUACAAUUUAAAUAAAAUAUAAAAUUUAUCAUUAUUAAUUCUACUUAUUUACUCUGUUUAUUUUCAGUCAUUCGUCCCAAUUCGUUUGUGUUUGAAUAUCGAAUUUUCCGAAAUCAUAGAAAUCCGUAAAUGUAGUCUGAGUAUAAUUGCUGUUAGACAUAUACGUUUCGACAAAAUCUGUUUGGGUUUCUGUUGAGUAAAAUUCCAUUUUUGCAUCACUAUCAAAUAGAGAGUCAUCGAAUGCUUCUUCGAUGCUCCAAUUAAUUUUUCUUUUUGUUUGACUAGACGAAGAUGACAAACUGUUUGAAUUUUCCUCUUUAUUCAAAAUUUCUGUAGUUGAAGCUGACGAAUUCAUGAGUUUUGUUAUGUUUGUAAUUGUUUCAGAUGAGGUUGACUUAUCUUGAAUUAAAAGUGAUAAUAUUUGCUUAUCAGAUGGUAUCGGAGCAGGAGUUGUUAUGGAGUUUAAUGAGGAAAGAUGAGAAAAUUCAGGAUGUAAGUUCCUAAUUUCGAGAGACGAAGUUGCUGUUGAAGCUUCUUUAGUUAAUGGUGAAUGAGCAAAAUGUGUUUCUUUCACCACCUUCUCUUUCUUCGAUGACAUCAGUUGUGAAUGUUUUCUCUUAAUAUGAGUUAACAUUGCUUCUUUUGAAUUGAAGGAACUUUUACAACAGCAUGUAAAAAUUUGUCCACAAUUUUUAGAAUGAAGAUUGCGAAGCAUUUCAGUUGAAAAUUUUUUCAAGCAAUUUAAUUUCGAACAUUUAAAUUGUUUUGCGUUGUGUACUUUAAAAUAAUGUUGAACAAGAUGUUUACGAUUUUUGAAAUAUUCAUCUUCAAGUUUCAGGUUUCUUCUGCAGGUUGCUAUAGGACAGUUGAAACGAUACGAUAUGUUUAAUAAUUUUUCCUGGCUAAUUUUUAUGUUGUGAUGUUUGAUAAUGACAUGCUUUUUAAGGCUUUUCUCAGAAGUAAAAAUUUGUUUUCCGCAAGUAGGAAAAUUGCACGUAUAAAGUUUCCCUUGAAUAUCUUCAAUGGUCACAGUCAUGUCAACAAUAAAUUUAUCAUGUUUUUCCAUUUUUAUUAUUAUUUCUAUCACGAAG